GCACCCUGAGAGGGACUUCGCGAUGCCAUCAUAUAUGUUGUAUAUGUAUACGAACAUUUUACACCAAAGCACCGAUAUUAUACAUCUUUGCAACAUGCUACACGAGAUAGAGAAGAAAUAUGAACAUAACACCGAUCUAGGAGUGUUUUAUAAUUCUAAGGAGAAAAGCGAAGCGGACGCGAAGAAAGCUAAUCGAACGAUCAACGAUAUAAAAGCAGAUAUAGAAGCUUACAAGAAGAGAAGAAUUAAAAUGCUCAAACGAUUGGAGAGGGAAAGGAAGAAGAGAAUGAAAAUGUUACACAAAGGACGGUUCCAAUAUCUCACGUCAGUUCGUACGACAAAAACGUUCAUUAAAAAAUAUUGGGACCUCGAUUACGGCUGGUCCAUAGAAGAUUGGUGAAUGCAUAAAUUGACUAUCAAUAAAUAUAUGUCUAUAAGUAACAAUUUUUUUUUUAUUGCUUAUAUGGGUGGACUAGC